GUUCUCUCUCCCCUCCCUUUCCCUCCCUCUGCUUUAGCUGCUGAUCCAUUGAUCUCUCUCCGUAAUAUUUUUUUCCCCUCUCCCUGAGGUUGGGUUUGGAGUUAACUCCUCUCUUCCCAGCCUUCCUGUGGGUUCAGGUGCUUCCACCAAGGGAGAGGGGGGCUGUGUGAAUGGGAGGAUGCAGGUGGGCAGGAUCCCACAGAUCUCCCACCUCUAUGUGCCUGGGAUGCGUUUCCCUACGUUUCCAGGGAGUGUGGAUGUCUCAGCCUGCCAGACCCCUACCUCAUCCUUGGGAUAUGGGUCUAAGUCCUGUGAAGAAUGAGCAAAUCGUUGCUAUUUUUAGCUGUUAAUUAAUUGCUGGUGGCAUGGCGGAAAGUGCUGUGGCACAGAGCAGAUGAAGUCUCAGACCUGGGGUUGGAGGUUGAAGCGGGUUUUGUUCUCUGUCUAGAGCAGGUCUGACCUCUCACCAGCAUUUCCCUCCCUGGAGAGGGAGGACAGGCUGUCCAAGUGAAGGCACCUCCAGGCGUCCAGCUUUGUUAUCACCACCUGGGACAGUGUGUGCUCUGUCUGCUCACAAGAAGCAGCUGUAGCCCACACAGCCCUCCCACCCCUGGUCCAGCCGCCCUUCUGGAAUGGGACACAUCCCUGGGGUGGGGAUGAGUGUGGUUUGGUGAUCCUUUCUCAGCAAGACCUCAAAGCUGGCAGCUUCCCUUCGCUGGGAAGGUCCAGCCUGCCUCAUCAAGCACAGCCAUGGGGCAGGAUGGGGAGGAGGAGAAGGAGGCACUGGAUUCUUCCCCUCCAUGGCAGCCUAUUCUCCCAGUGGCAGCACAGUUGGAGGGCCCCUACUGCUGCCUCCUGCUACUCCUCUGCCUGCUGCCACUGCUUGCCACCGGCCUGGAAGACCCCCGGGAGCCACUGCCACUGCCAUUCAGCACCUCCGACCCUACUGCCCACUUGCUGCGCGGCCGCCCUUCGGCCCCGGUGCGGCCCUACAGCCUGUCGCUCUCCCCUGAGGACUAUCGCUACGCUCCCAAGCCUCGCCACCUGCGGCCCGGCCGACUGCGCCGGCUGCUGGGCCCAGCCUUCGACCCCUUCUGGAUGUCAUCCGAGGAGCCGCUAGGCCGCAACCUCAGCGCCAAGGAGGAUCUGGAAACCAUGAGCCGGGAGCUGGCAGAGGGCAGCGGGCGGUACCGCCGCAAGCUGUGGAGGGAGGUGGAGGGGAUGGAGCUGCCCCCAGAGCUGCCCGUCGACAUGGUGCGGUCUCUGAGGCGCUGGCUGGUGGAAAGAGCCUUGUGCCGCCUCACCUCCACAUGGGUGGACCUGGGGCCCGUCUUCUGGCCCCGCUGGGUGCGACACACCGCCUGUGGGACCGACCCUCCCUCCUGCUCGUGGCCCCCAGGCAUGGCAUGUCGCCCAGCCCAGCUCACACACCUCAAGCUGCUGGCUUGGCACUGCUGGGCCGCCCGGCCCCCUGGGCCACCGCAAUGCGCAUGGAGGCAGAUCCCCUACCCCGUGGUGGUGGCCUGCAAGUGCUCCUGCCGCUGAGGGGGUGGGAAAUAAAGGGCUGAAAGCCAAACGGG